CACACAACCUUCUUCUCUCUUUGCUCAAACCGUUACUCAACAAACAAACAAACAAAGAAUUUCUCAUUCCAGUAAGCAUUUUUCGUAUUGCUCCUAAGACAUCAAAUGGCACACAAGAGUAUUGAGAUGGGUCUUGUCCUGGUGGUCCUGGUGACCAUGCUCUGUGCAGAAGCUGCAGCCCAGUCAUCUAGUUGCACAAAUGUGAUCAUCAGCAUGUCACCCUGCCUCAACUACAUUACCGGGAACUCCUCCACGCCGUCUUCGGGAUGUUGCACACAGCUCGCCACCGUGGUUCGCUCAGAACCACAGUGCUUGUGUCAGGUACUCACCGGCGGCGGCUCAUCCUUGGGGAUUAAUAUCAACCAGACUCAGGCUCUUGCCCUUCCUGGUGCUUGCAAUGUUCAGACUCCACCCAUCAGCCGCUGCAAUUCUGCUUCUCCAGCCAACUCUCCUGCAGGAACACCAGAAUCUCCCAGUUCAGGAACUGGAUCUAAAACGGUGCCGUCGACUGAAACUGGCUCCUCGGAUGGAAACUCAAUCAGCUUGACAAUUCCUCUGCACUUGCUCUUCCUUUUUGUUGCAACUUAUGCAUCAACCUUCACUGUGUGCUGAGUUAUAUAUAUUGUUAGUGUAUUAUGUAGUGAUUAUAAUCUUAUUUACUUUUUUGUUUGUCAAUUUUCUCCUUCUGGUUGAGUGGUUCUUGUAAUAUUUAUUCAUUGGUGACCUCUUAUGGGGUUGAUAUGAUUUUGUAUAAUUCAAGAGAGUUCUUGCUCUCUUCUCCUUUUAAUAAGAGAUUAUUCCUCGCUUGUGUUUUGGUUUAACCUUUUUUUUCCUUCUUUCUUUCGAAAGUACCAAGGAAACACACACACCCACCAUAU